AUGUCUGUUCGAAGGUUGUUGCUCUCCUGGCUUCUGUGGCUAUUGCCAGAGUUCCAGUUGACUCUGCUACACACUUUGCUCACAGGGAGUCCCUCGAUGGGAUCUAAUGAUGAGAAAGGUCCUUUGGCCUGGCAGAGUCGGACUUACGUGAAAAUCUCCACCCAAGAUGAUGCUGAGAUGACUCGUAUCUUCCAGCUGCAAAUGCCUAAGGUGUAGAGCUUCAUCCAGUAUGAGGUGUCUAUGAGGGUAAAGUAUCCCAUGGGGCAAGGGCCAUGUUCAGAAGCUUUUGUAGAUGCUACACUAAAACCGGCCAAAGAGCCACCAUUUGUUGCCUCUGUGAAAGAGAAUGGACUUUGGAGUCAGCUGUUAAAUAGCUUUGGCCCAGAAGAAUUCUUGUCUUCAAAUAUAUGGAAUGUGUCAGACAUGAACUGGUAUAACAACAGCCUCUACUAAAGCAACACUAAAGGAGAUGUUUACCUGUGGCUGUUAAAGAGAAGAAUGGGAGCGUCCCAGAAUUAUCGCUUCUCCAGAAUUGCAGGAACAAGGGCACUGGCUUUUGAGUGCUUGGUUCACUAUCUCUACUGGGCUAGACAAACAUGCAGCCUCCAAGCUCAAGAUCCUGAAAUGGCUAAGAAAAUUCACUUUUCAGUUCUUAUCUGUCACCCUGAAGAGAUAGUGAGACACUCUGAGGGUGUUGAAACAUUUGACAUUCUAAGGCAACCUUACAUCAUGAUUCCAGGAAAUACUAGUUUGCAAUUAGACUGGAGGCCUCUGGCUAAUGCCGACCUCAUCAACUUUUGGUUUGAAGUCCAGAAGCAAACUGUAAAGAAAAGCUCAAUAGAUCAGGAGAAGGUUAACUUCCUGAAAGAGGCAUACCUGAUGAGCAAGUCUGCUCACACUAACUUUCUGAAACAACCCAGAGUUUGUUCAGUGAGCCAAUAUAUCAUCAUGGAACUGAGGGAAGGAGGAGCACUUCUCACAUACUUACGCAAAGCAUAUGCAACAACGUUCUGAGGUCCUGCUCUCGUUUUGGAUGACCUUGUGAACCUCUGUGUAGCCAUAUCAAAAGGAUGUGUCUACUUAGAACAACUGCACUUCAUCAACAGGUACAAUGCUGCUUGGAACUGCUCUGUGUCAAUGAACCAUUAUACCAGUCCAUCCCAGAGAGUGAAAACUGGGGACUUUGGACUUGCCAGAGACAUCUAUAAAAAUGAUCACUACAGAAAGAGAGAGGAAGGGCUACUCCCAGUUCAUUGAAUGGCUCCAGAAACUUCGAUUGAUGAAAUAUUUACUACCCAAUCAGAUAUACAGUAA